AUGCCCUACUUCCCAGAUGAAGUGGUGGAGCACAUCCUUGGCUUCAUAUCGUCGCACCGUGACCGCGAUGCUGCAUCUCUCGUGUGUCACGCGUGGUACCGCAUCGAGGGCCUCACUCGCCGCUCCGUGUUCAUUUCCAACUGCUAUGCCGUGCGCCCAGAGCGUGUGCACGCGCGUUUCCCCUGCCUGCGCUCGCUGACCGUGAAGGGCAAGCCACGCUUUGCUGACUUCAACCUUGUCCCUGCGGGGUGGGGUGCCUCAGCGGAGCCAUGGGUGGAUGCGUGUGCCCGUGCGUGCCCUGGCCUUGAAGAGCUCCGCCUGAAGCGGAUGGUUGUCACUGAUGGUUGCCUCAAUCACCUUGCUCACUCAUUUCCCAAUUUGAGAUCACUAGUCCUUGUUAGCUGUGAGGGGUUCAGCACUGAUGGCCUUGCUACUAUUGCCACCAAUUGCAGGUUUCUGAAGGAACUUGACUUACAAGGGAGUCAGGUGGAGUUUCGAGGCCGUCAUUGGUUUAGUUGUUUCCCCAAGCCUUCGACAUCAUUAGAAUCCUUGAAUUUUGCUUGCUUGGAUGGAGCAGUGAGUGCUAAUGCAUUGGAAAGUCUUGUUGCAAGGAGUCCAAAUCUUAAAAGCUUAAGGUUAAAUCGUGCAGUUCCACCAGCUGUUUUAGCCAAAAUUCUUACUUCCGCUCCUAAGCUGGUGGAUUUAGGUACAGGAUUGGUUGCUCAAAGCAAUAAUGCUGGUGCACUCCCCAGUCUCUACAGUGCUAUUCAACAAUGCAGUUCUCUGAAUAGUUUAUCUGGCUUUUGGGAUUCUCCACGUUGGAUUACUCCAAUAAUACAAUAUAUUUGCAAGAACCUAACAUGCUUGAACCUUAGCUAUGCUCCAAUGUUUCGGACAGUUGAUCUUAUUGGAAUUAUUCGCCAAUGUCAGAAUCUCCGACACUUGUGGGUACUAGAUCACAUUGGUGAUGCAGGAUUAAAGGUUGUAGCCUCUUCUUGCCUGGAGCUGCAAGAGUUGAGGGUAUUUCCUGCGAAUGCAAAUGUGUUAAUAAGCACUGGUGUGACAGAGGAAGGGCUGGUUGCAGUAUCUUCAGGCUGUCGGAAGCUAAACUCUGUUCUCUAUUCCUGCCGUCGAAUGACUAAUUCUGCUCUGAUCACGGUGGCAAAGAACUGCUCGCGAAUCACGUCCUUCAGACUGCAUAUCUGCCUGCAUGGGUCAGUAGAUGCCGUGACAGGCCAGCCACUGGACGAGGGUUUUGGGGCAAUCGUCCGGUCAUGCAAGGGCCUCAGGCGCUUAUCUAUGUCUGGCCUUCUCACGGACAGUGUGUUCCUGUACAUCGGCAUGUACGCCGAGAGGCUGGAGACGCUCUCUGUCUCGUUUGCAGGAGAUAGUGAUGAUGGCAUGAUCUAUGUGCUCAAUGGCUGCAAGAAUCUCAGGAAGCUGGAGAUCAGGAACUGCCCAUUUGGCAACACCGCGCUUCUCGCAGGCAUGCACCGGUCCCUCGCGGCAGCCAUGCCAGGCCUCAACGUCGAGGUCAUCAGCCAGGCGGAUGGAGGCGCCAACGAUGCAAAGAAGAAGAAGUGGAACGCAAUGUUAUGGUUUCAUCUUGGUGUUUGGUUGGAGCCAAUGAAAAGAAUGAAACGGUUUCAUUUCAAUGUUCUUGACGAUGGUUUUGCUAUUUCACAUGGGUCUGAAUUUUCUGGUGGGCACCGUCAGGAGUGGCGGGGGACGGGAGCUGGCACUUCAGCCUGGGUUGGGUUGGGAGGUGGGUGUACCGGAAGGAAGAAGAGGAGCGGCCGUUCUUGCAGGCAUAUGCAGCCGGUGGCCACUCCGGCCCUAGCGUCCACUCGCCACCACACCUCCUGCUCUGAUCCCAAGCCUUUCGAUCCACUAUCUCACGCCAUGGCCCUAGCUGAUCUCAACUUCGAAAUUGGUCAAGAUUUUGUCAUGGAAGUCUGGAGAAAAUGGGGAGUGCCAAUCAACUACGAGGAAGGCAAAGACAUGGAAGAGUUCCUCCUGGUUGCGGAGUUCACUCGAUCACAAAUCCGACUCACGGAAGAAUCAUUAAGCACUAUUCUCUUAUCUUGUUUUGGAGGUAGAGGAUCACUUUUUAAGGUCCAAUUUCUCAGAAUUGGUCGUUUAAAUUCUCUGUCUCCUCCAAAGAAGUGGGGUUUUCGAUCAUCGAGGGAGGCAACAUCUCUCUUCCUCUACCGAAUAUCAACUUCCUACUUUGGGGCAAUGGUGGUCCUAAUUCCAGUUGGGAAUUGGAUCAAUACCUCAAAGAAAAAGAAGAUGCUUGGACGCACAUCUUUCAUCGUCACCCUAGGAAGUCCUACAUCCAGGCUCUGCAAUCUCCAAGGAUCUAUCUAG